UGAUACACGAUUUCAUAAACAGUUGCGAUUCUCUUUAUAAACGGUAGUUUGUCACCUAGCAGUCAAGCGGAAGCUAGAUUGAAGAUUAUAACUGUGAAGGUAAACUAACCAGAACAAUGAUGUUGACAUAUCUAGCAGUAUUGGCUGCCCUUGUUAUCGGCAUCCAAGCUGGAGCACGGGGUAGAUCUGAUUAUGACCCAUAUAUACCCCAGGGUGAGGUUUACACUGGACCAUGUGAGGGAGGGUACAAAACAUACAAUAGGAGAGAUUGUGCAGAUUCGUACAGGGAACUUAUAAGAGAAAACGCCUAUCCUGGAUUGAGUAUGCAGCAGUACACAUGGCAAUGUGAUCAUAUGUACCAAUGGUUGUCUCAUGCCGCAAAUAAGACAGGUGGUGGUGCGAGAUUCACAACUGUCCAAACUAACUGGUUAAGAGAACUGUUAGAUCAUCUGAUUGAAUCAUUACAGUCAACGGUAAAACGCAGCGCCCAUGGUUUCCCUCUUGGGUUAAGAAAGGAAUAUCGUCUAGCAACGGAUCCAGAACGGACAUACUUCCACGAUGCUAUCAACAAGUUAAAGACGGAUCUACUCCCAGGACCAUUUGGGACUACCAACAAAUACGACACACUCGCGUCAUUUCACCAUGGAACUGUCGCAGUUGGGGCACAUGGUGGGCCGGGCUUUUUGCCCUGGCAUAGGAUCUACUUGUUGAUGUAUGAAAUCGCGUUGAAGCAAAAAAUACCGGCUGUUUCGUUACUUUAUUGGGACUCAACCAUUGAGCAA